UUGUUUUUGGCCUAUAAAUUAAGUGGCAUUGAGUCAAGAGGUUGAAGACAGCUAGCCUACAAUACAAUACAAAGUGCAAGUAGCAAAAUAAUCCAAGUGUUGAAAAGAAAGACAUGAAGAAGCUCGCACUUGCUUUCUUUCUUCUCUUCCCUCUUCUCUCUUUUGCCAAUCUAAGCUAUGCAAGAAAACUACCAGAGGAUUAUUGGAAGAGCAUAAUGAAAGAUCAGAAAAUACCAGAAGCGAUCAGAGGCCUGUUUGUUGAAGAUCCAGCUGCUGCUUCUUCUUUAUCAGGUGCUAAAAAGAAGAACCAUUUUGUUAAAGAUUUUGAUACCAGGACUAUUGCUGUAAUAUAUCGCAGCAAGGGAGACAAUAAGAAAAUGAACAGGAUCCAUGGAGAGGACUCCAGAGAUGAUGAGAUUAAAGGAGAGAAAUCAUUUGUUGAUCAGCAUAAAAAUCCUGAGAUGGAAGUUCCUGUACAAAGUAGGGAUCACGAAGAGAAGGUGUAAGCAUGUUAAUUUUUCAUCAGAAGGGCUUAUGCCUAUAGAAUAUGUAGAUUGAUGAUUAAGUGUGCUUGUUUUAGUGUUCCUAAAUCCCAGAUUUUUCCUAGUCUUUUUUCUUCC